AUGAAUGAUAACGCCAAAUAUUCACUAUUAUUUCACUCAUAUAGUUAUAUAUUUACUCACAAGGAUGCUGGAUUUCAACUGAGAAGAAUUUUUCGAGGGAUGCUCAAACAGCGUAAUCCGAAAGCAAAAAAUGGACCUCCUAAUAUUUAUGAAACCGGUGAUGUAGCACGAGGGAUUCUCUCCUAUGCAGCUGGCGUAGACAUCUAA